AGAAAAAACCGAACAUCAAGCGUGAAUCACCCACCAAUGUUGUAACGUGAAAGCGAUGAGAGGUUACGUGUUUGGGAAUCGGUUGUCGAAGAAGAAGUUGAACGGUCUGAAGGAGUGAGAAGGGCCAAUACUCUAUUUAUACAUUGUUGUUAUACAUAGCCCUAUAUGCACACUCCAAAAAAAAAAAAAAAACUACUUGUUGUGCAAACACUACACAACAAAACCAUCACGUUGCAACAAUUUGUUGUUCAAACAGGAAUAGCCGUUUACUAUUCUUCGCACACAGCAGAAGAAGCAGGUUCAGGGAAAGAAGGGUCGUGCAGAGGAACACGUUUGGGCAAGAGGGUGUUGAGAGAAAGGUGUUUCUCGGUGAUGGUGACUCUAGCCCAUGGGAGAAAGGAAGGGCAGGGAAAGAGACUUGGGAAAUACGAAUUGGGAAGAACACUUGGAGAAGGAAAUUUUGGAAAGGUCAAGUUGGCAAGGGACACUAAUUCUGGGAAGCUUUUUGCUGUUAAGAUCCUUGAGAAGAACAAGAUCAUUGACCUCAAUAACACUGAUCAGAUAAAGAGGGAGAUAUCUACCUUGAAGCUUCUGAAGCACCCUAAUGUCGUCAGAUUAUACGAGGUCUUGGCUAGCAAAACCAAAAUUUACAUGGUACUUGAGUACGUGAAUGGAGGAGAGUUAUUUGACAAAAUUGCAUCCAAAGGUAAACUUGAAGAAGCUGAAGGUAGGAAGAUAUUCCAACAGUUGAUUGAUGGUGUGAGUUUCUGCCACAAUAAAGGUGUCUUCCACAGGGAUCUUAAGCUGGAGAAUGUUCUUGUCGAUGCCAAAGGGAACAUAAAGAUAACUGAUUUUAACCUUAGUGCUUUGCCUCAGCAUUUUAGGGAUGAUGGGUUGCUUCAUACUACUUGUGGAAGUCCCAACUAUGUUGCUCCUGAGAUUCUUGCUAAUAAAGGCUAUGAUGGUGGAACAUCAGAUAUAUGGUCAUGUGGUGUUAUCUUGUAUGUAAUUCUUACAGGAUAUCUUCCUUUUGAUGACAGAAAUCUUGCAGUUCUUUAUCAAAAGAUUUUUAAAGGAGACCUUCAGAUACCAAGAUGGCUAUCAGCUGGUGCUCGAAACAUGAUAAAAAGAAUGCUUGAUCCAAAUCCUAAAACACGGAUAACAAUGACUAUGAUCAAAGAAGAUGAAUGGUUCAAAGAAGAUUAUAUUCCUGCAAAUCCAGAAGAUGAAGAAGAGGGUGUGUUCAUUGAUGAUGAAGCCUUUUCCAUUCAUAAUGCGUCACUUGAAUCAGAUCAAGGUAGUCCAACAUCAUCAACACUCGUCAAUGCAUUUCAAUUGAUAGGGAUGUCUUCAAGUCUAGAUCUCUCUGGCCUUUUUGAGAAAGAGGAUGUUACUGAGAGGAAGAUAAGGUUUACAUCCACUCAUUCACCAAAAGAUUUGGAGGAGAGGAUAGAAGACAUUGUAACAGGGAUGAGAUGUAGAGUUCAGAAGAAGAAUGGGAUGUUGAAAGUGACACAAGAUGUUAAAGCACAGAAAUGUCUCGGUAGUCUUUCAGUGAUAAUAGAGGUAUUUGAAAUCAGUCCAACAUUGUAUGUAGUAGAGUUGAGUAAGUGUUGUGGAGAUGCUUCUGUGUAUAGACAGUUAUGCCAGAAGUUGUCAAAUGAAUUGGGUUUUGACCCAAACCAACAGUUAGAGAGCUCAGAAAUGAUAGGCCUACUAAGAGAAAAUAAUUUGGAAGCUAUAAAUGUAGAUGUGUGAUGCUUCUUUUUAUUGUUUAGGGUGAGAUGAUGAUGUAGAUGUGUUAAAAUAUUAAUUGUAUAUAUAUAUAAUAUA